UUGCGUUUCGUCGGCGACACCGUGAGACGCAUCGGAGCGCUUAAAGCCGCAAAAAUGUCGACAUGUUAGAAAAGAAAGGCUUAUACCACUGCGGCGAGUGAUGAGCGCCGCCGAAGAGGAGCGUGAUGGCGACACGCUGGAAACGGUCGAGUCGGUCACACUGGCGCACGACGACGACGAUGGCGUCGCAUUACACUCCCCCCCUAACGGUGCGUCACCCUCAAUCCUCGACCCAUGCCCUUUGUGUGCUGACCACGUGUGUUUGUGUGUGUGCGCAGAUGACGACUGUGAGCCCCCUGCCAAAAAAGUGUGUGUCGCCCCAGAGGACUCAGACUCGUCCUUUUCUGUGGUGGCGGUGCCCAUGGCCGACGACCACGAGCGCUUUGAGGUCACCAUGACAACCACGGCGGAGGGCGGCCUCUCUCAGGAGGGCGUGGCUCACAUUCAGGUCCUGCGUGAGGAGGCGCUGUCGGCCAAUGAGAAGGCGGAUGUGUCGGCCGUCAGCCAGGCGUGGUUCACCACCAAAGAAGACAAAGACUCGCUGACCAACAAAGGUCACAAGUGGAAACAAGGGAUGUGGUCCAAAGAGGAGAUCGACGUUCUCAUGAGUAACAUCAAGCAGUACGUCAAGUCGCGAGGCAUGGAGGACCCGGCCGAGAUCAUCUUUGAGAUGUCCAAAGAAGAGAGGAAAGACUUCUACCGCUCGGUGGCGCUGGGUCUGAACAGGCCGCUCUUCGCCGUCUACAGACGAGUUCUACGGAUGUACGACAACCGCAACCACGUUGGGAAGUACACCCCAGGAGAGAUUGAGAAGUUAAAAACGCUAAGAGAUCGCCAUGGCAACGACUGGGCCACCAUCGGCGCCGUGCUGGGUCGCAGCGCCUCCUCCGUCAAGGACCGCUGUCGCCUGAUGAAGGACACGUGCAACACGGGGAAGUGGAGCGAGGAGGAGGAGCGCCGUCUGGCCGAGGUGGUGUACGAGAUGGCGGGCGCGUCUCCGGGGUCGGCGGUCACGAGGGGCGUGUCCUGGGCGUCGGUGGCCAAUCAGGUGGGCACGCGCUCGGAGAAACAGUGUCGCUCCAAAUGGCUCAACUACCUUAAUUGGAAGCACAGUGGCGGCACCGAGUGGACCAAAGACGACGACCUCAACCUCACGCGAAGGAUUUUAGAGUUGGAAGUCGAAGAUGAAAACGAAAUCCAGUGGGAGGAGCUUGCUGGCGGGUGGAGCAGCGUGCGCUCGCCGCAGUGGCUGCGAUCCAAAUGGUGGAGCAUCAAGAGACAAAUAGCCAACCACAAGAAGAUCCCCUUCAGUGUCUUACUCAAGGCCCUCCAUGAGGUCAUGGCGUCCUCGCAGGCGGCAAGCGGCUCAUGCAGCCCCUCCCUCCAGAUACGACUCAGCCGAUUGGAGGAGAGCGGCGCUGGCCCCGCCUCCGGUUCUGUGGCGGCGUUGCAGAUUCCCGUGCAGAUCCCGCUCCAGAUCACGCACCUGGACUCUACGACAGAAGGCGGCGACGGCAACGACAUCACACUCAGCGGCGCAGCUCUGCAGGCCUUCGAGAUCUUGCCGUCCUUCCAGUUGCAGCCCACCAGCACGCCGGGCACAUACGUCCUGCAGACAACGUCCAAUCAGGGUCUGCCCAUCAGCUUAGCCAAUAGCGGCACCGUUACCUUGACGACGGGCUCCUCCUCAGCAUCCCACGAGCACAUCAUCCUCCACAGCCUGGCGGCCGACAGCCUCUGCUCCAGCGACGGCGUCAUCAUCCAGACUCUCACCUCCGACUCCGCCCCCUCGGACUCUCUCGACCAAGCAGAGCUGGUCGUAGAGACCGAGGGGCAGAGUCAGGAUGCUUCCGGUAUUCUGGAACGUUCGGAAAAAGUGGCGGGAAGUGAGGAGCCAAUGACAAAGGAGAUGACCUCACCGCCGCGUCCCGAGAUACCGAGCGACGGCGCCGUCCUGAUCGUGUCCCCUCCCAACAUCAGCAGCACGCUGACAGAUCCCAUCUUGGAGAACCAGGAAGGUUCCGAUUAGAACUUUUUCAUCUUCAAAAAGGACACUUUACGUCGACUGUGCCAAACAAGAAGAGCGGACUCAGUUGCAUGUAUUUAUUCCGUAAAAUAGUCAAAUAAAAAAAGGAAACUUUGACAAUCCUAACGUCGUGUGAGGGCGGGGGAGGGGGUGUUAACGUUACGCAAACACUUCACAUGUAAAGCUAGACCUUCACCCAACAACUGAGUCAACUUCCUGCGUCAUGUCCAACAUAGUCUUUCGAGGUGACCACUUGACAGGAAGUGGUUUGUGCCGUAGCGGGGGUGUUCAUCUACAAAGCAUGUCACGACAGGCUGGUCGUCGUGGCAACCUCCGCCAUGUCCAUGGUCCGUCAGACAAACACAAACAGGAAGUGAUGUGUGCGUGCACGUCCUUUUUGGUCCAAGGGGGAGGAUUCAUCAAGAGUCCACGUGUUGAGGUGGCAGCGUUCUGCUCCUCACCUGACGUCGUGGAAGUAGAGGUUGGCACACAGACACAGCAGCACGAUGGACGCCAGCUUGAAGUAGAUCAGAUUUCGGAAUUUAGGCUCCAGAUCACCUUGGCGGUACCAGAAGAUCUGAGGAGAAAAGUUGUGUUUACACAUCUUUUUGGUAAGUGUGUGUGUGUGUGUGUGUGUGUGUGUGUGUGUGUGUGUGUAUCUACCAGUACUAUGGCAGAGCCGCAGGCAAGCAGGAUGCAAACAGCAAAGAAGACAUUGAGUGGCCGUGGAGGCAACGAUGGGAAGACAAAGGAGCUGAUUACAGUCACCUACAAGGUGAACACAUGACAUCAUUGUAGAACGUUAAUUAAAGCAUGACAUCAUUGUAGAAUGGUAAUUAAGUACGUAACAUCAUUCUUGAAUGGUAUUUAAAUACAUGACAUCAUUGUAGAAUGUAAUUAAAUACAUGACAUUAUAGAAUGCUAAUUAAAUACAUGACAUCAUUGUAGGUUGUUAAGUUAAUGACAUCAUUGUAGAAUGUAAUUAAAUACAUGACA